UCUACUUGUCGGUUUGUUUAUUUACGAUUUAGUACAACCGAUCAAUAAGAAAAGAACCGAUUCAGAGUACACCUAACUAUACAUAUAAUUAGGAACAAGAUAAAAGUUCUCAUAUACGUUUGCAUGUCAUUUUUAUUCAAAUGAAAUGUACAACACGUACUGUGUAUAGUAUCGAGUUUCGAGUAUCCAACUUGUCAACUCCUUUUUUUUUUAAAGGAAAAAUACAUUGAAAUUAGGAUAGCCUUAUGUCAAUAUUGCAUCCUAAUUUAUCUAAGGUAAUAAAAUGUAGAACAUAUACUACGUAUUAGGGUGUCCAAUUUUCGAAUAUAGGAUCUGAACUGGUCCAAAAUUUCCUUAUCGGAAAAAUGUGAUCCGAAUCCAAUCCGAAAGUUUGGGUUAUCCGAAAUUUUCGGAUCGGAUACCCAAAAAUGUGAAAUCAAUACGAAUACAAUUUUUUUUUAAAAAAAAUUAGGGUGCUAGAACCUAUCGGUGCCAAAUUUGAAAUUUCCCGCCACACUGCGCGCGUUGCGCGCAGCCAGCUACUAGUGAUAGAAAAAGUUGAAGAGAAUAUGAGAAAAUCACCAUUGCGUUUAGCUGUAUUUUCAACCUUUUUUUCUAGGAUUAGAAAUAGCCCUGGAUUUUCAAAUGCUAUCGACCGCUAUUACAAGAGUAAAUCCUACUAUGGGGAUGGAGUGGAAAGAUCAGGAUUGGCACUCUGGUUUCAUCUGUUAAUACUACAUGUAUUAAUCAAACCAACUCAAAAUAUCUUCACACUUCCAACCAAGCUAAUAAGAUCGGCUGACUGGAGCAAAAGUAAGUCGGACAAUGUUGAUGGGUGGGUAAAGCAAGGAACGAAUGGAGAAAACGAUGAUAAGUGUGAUACUCAAUCUUAUGUGAAGAAAUUGUCAGGAAAAGUGAAGAAGAGAGUCAAGGAUGACCUGUUAAUACAGGAUGGCCUCAUUCCCUCCAUACAUAUUAUACAACAGGUGGCUCAAUACCUUUUGACUGCUAGAAAAGCUUUGUCAAAUGAUAAAUAUACUUCUGAUAUCCUCCUAAAUCUGGAGAGAGAGAGCCAAGAUGGGAUUAUCAAAAGAGACCUCAUGACUGUCAUGAAGCAAUUAAUUGAAGGUGGAAACAGCGCAAAUGAGGAGGUCCAUCAAUCAUCUGGAGCUUCUAAAAAUGGAAGAGUGAAGCAUGAAUUUGACUAUUUUCAAGAUCAAUUACCCGAUCAGCCACUUGAAAUGAAAGAAGAAACAGAGCUUGAAAGAAUAAGAAAAUGGAUGGAAGGGGCACGUACCAAUUGUUUGCUCCUUGCAAAUACAUUGAGCAGUGCAAAAGAGGUUGUGGAUUGUUUGAACAAAAUAAUCAGCACACUUCUAAUCGCGGCAACUUUUGUGAUGUGGUUGCUUCUAACUGGAUUGGCUACUACGAAAUUAUUAGUCGUCAUAGCAUCACCAUUGUUGGCUGCAACAUUUAUAUUUGGAGAUUCUUGCAAGACCCUAUUUCAAGGCAUCAUAUUUACAUAUGUGGUGCAUCCUUUUGAUGUUGGCGAUUUAUGCGUCAUUGAUCAGAAAAUGAUGGAGGUUAGAACUAUUGGGGUGUGGAAAACAACUUUCACAAAAGUUGGUACGCAAGAAGAAGUAAUAUUUACAAAUACACAAUUAGCCAACAAAGAUAUCAUCAACCACAAGACCGAGUUUGAUUGGAACGACUGUGUAGAGCUUGAUGUAGCUUCUCUGAAUAAGAAACAAAUCAUGACACUGAAAGAAAAAAUUGAAAAACAUCUUGAUGAUAGCAAAGACAAGAAAUUCGCCACAGAUUAUAAUUGUGUCACGGUGUUGACAACUGGAGAUAAUAACCUAAAGCUAGCCAUGAGUUUUAGACACAAUGAGGAUCGUAGAAACUGCAUUUACUCUGAAUGUCUGAAGACGAAGCACAAUCUAAGAUCCGAGUUGAUUCUCCAUGUACACGACCUCUUGGAGCAAGCGAAAGCUGAGACAUUAAAAACUCCAGAGGAAUCUACAAAGCAAGCUGAAGAAAAGAAGGAAAUUUGAAUGUUGUGAUUGAGGCUGAACUUGGUAGGGAGGACCCGUGUUUGAACCCCCGCAACAACAAUUUGGAGGGGACUGUUAUCUAUCCACUCAGAACUCGCCCUGAAUCCGGAUUAGCCAUAAGGGUAAAUCGGGUGGUACACCAAAAAAAAAAAAAACUACGUACUACAUAUUCAAUCUUUUGCAAGAUGUACCAGUGAAGACUGAGGGCCUAGUAAUUAAAACUGAGAACAUGUACACAAUCUGGUGAUAUACAAUAUGGUGAAGACUGAGGGUUUAGUGAUUAAAACCGACAACAUGUAUUCAAUAUGUUAUAUGCUCAGCUCAUUUGCAAUAAUCCAAUGAAGCAAUAAUUUGAUUAGAAUUAAGUAACUUAUUUAUAUAAAUCCAUAAUAAUAAUAAUAAUAAUGCAUACUUCAACUGACAUAUGUUACAUGCUCAUCCAAUGAAGCAAUAAUUUGACUAGAAUUAAGUAACUUCUUUCUAUAAAUCCAUAAUAGUAAUAAUGCAUACUUCAAUUGAGAUAUAUAUGUCCCAUGCAUGCACAUAUUGACUGUGUGAAAGCAUCAUAUUUAGUAGACCAGAAUUUGAUGCGAUUUUGUUAUAUGUUUGUAAAGGAAAAGUAACUAAGAUUAGAUGCUAUUCUAUCACAUAUCCUGAUAGCAACUACGUAUUUACGUACUAGUAGGUUACACGCGCACUUAAACAAAAAUCAUACUUCAUAAUAAUUAGACAAUUAUAUACAUUGAAAAAAUAUUUUGAAUUUCAUUUUAUGAUUGGUUGGAAUUACAAAUGAUGUUCAGAGUUGUAAUUAACCGAUUAUGAAUAUCUUUUUUGAGUAUUGAGGCAAGCAUUAAUCAAAGACAACACUAUAUUCUCUUCGCCUGGUCUAGUCACCUUUUCUAGUUUAUGAUUUGGACCGGUAUGAUUUUCCUUAAUCUGAUCUUAAUUUUUUUAGUGUGGUCUAGUUUGAAUGUGGGUAUUUACGGAUUAGUAGGUUACACACGCACAUAAACACAAAUCAUACUUCAUAUCAAUUAGACAAUUAUAUACAUUGAGAAAAUAUCUUGGAUUAUAUUUUAUGAUUGGUCGGAAUUACAAAUGAUGUUGAGAGUUGUAAUUAAUCCUCUUUUGGGUAUUGAGGCAAGGAUUAAUCAAAGGUAAGGGCUAUAUUCUCUUUGCUUGGUCUAGUUAGUUUUUCUAGUUUCUGGUCUGUACUAGUCUGAAUUUUCUUGUUUGAUCUUAAUUAUGUUUUUUUUGGUAUUGAGAUAAACAUUAAUCAAAGGCAAGGGCUAUAUUCUCUUCGCCUGGUUUAGUCAGCUUUUUCUAGUUUUUGGUCUAUACUGGUCUGAUUUUUCCUUAUCUAGUCUGGUGUGAUUUGACUGUGGAUGUUUUUACUUUUUCUGAUCUGAUCUGAUUUUCAAGUGAAGAGAAGAUACCCUAAUUUCAAGUUGUCACUAACUUUGACCUAUUUAAU